CCCCGGGCACGCGGCCGCCUGACUUCCGGCGGCGACGCAGCGCGCGCGAGCGCGCCUGGAUCCUUCCCCUCAACGCGCUCAGGCCGAGAGGAGCCACCGGGCCGCGCCGCCCAGCCCAGGCCGCGGCCAUGAGUGAGGCAGAAGUGAAUCCCAAAGCUUACCCCCUGGCUGAUGCACAGCUCACCAAAACGCUACUGGAUCUUGUGCAGCAAUCCUGCAACUACAAGCAGCUACGCAAGGGAGCCAAUGAAGCCACCAAAACACUGAACCGUGGGAUAGCAGAGUUCAUUGUGAUGGCGGCAGAUGCAGAACCGUUGGAGAUCAUCCUGCACCUCCCUCUUCUCUGCGAGGACAAGAAUGUACCUUAUGUGUUUGUGCGCUCCAAGCAAGCCCUGGGCCGGGCGUGUGGCGUUUCCCGCCCUGUCAUUGCCUGCUCCAUCACCAUCAAGGAGGGAUCACAGCUAAAGCCUCAGAUCCAGUCUGUCCAGCAAGCUAUAGAAAGACUGUUGGUCUAAACGCCCAUGAGUUCUAAGUGUGUGUGGAAUAGGAAAGUUGGAAGUCAGGGGAAUUAAUGUCUAGCUUCAGUUGAGAUACAAUUUUGAUAUCAGUGUUUCAUUUCAAAACAACACAUUUUUGGUUAAUAACGGCUUAAUUCUUAGUGUUGCUGCCUCCCCUCCCCCCUCUUUUCUAUUAUUCCACCCCAACAGGUUCAUUCUUGUUGUAUUACUUCUUGAAAAGUGACUGUACAAUUGUAUUUCCCAUUUGAUGUUAAAUAGAAAGAAAAAACAAAUGCCCCCUUAUCUCCAUGUCUGCCUGCUCAGGGCUUUUUUAACCCACCCAUUAGCUUGCUCUACGUUGCAGUAUUUCUGCUAAGCUUCAGCCUCUGACAGGUGUGAGUAACUCUUCAUUUCUGAAUGGUUGUAGUCUGCUGAGGAUGAGGCAUGUUGGUUCCCCACACAGUGCGUGCAUUCAGACUGCACGAUGGAGCAGCACAGGCCGUCUAUAAGGCAGGCAGCAGCGGACGGAGCCAAGAUCAGUACACAGAGCACAACCCUUUUUCUUCUCGAAACCAGACAAGAGACUUCUGUUAAGAGGUGUACGGGGAGCAGAAAUCUUAUAGCAGUGCACAAGGGGAAAUCUCUUAUCUCGCUUAUUUUUAAAUACUGACUUUUUAAGAAAAAUAAAAUUGCUGACAAAGCUAAAUAUAAUUGUCAUUCCCUCGGGGAAGCAUUUGCAACUGAAGUGUUCCUGCUUGUAAAGCUAAAUUGCUCAGAGAUUGCCUAAAGACUAUUGCAGUGUAAUAGUUCAUACUCCUUCAGUUUUCUUUGCGUGGACUGUAUCAACGGGCUUGGACUUCUAGGGUAUUUAAGUAAAGGCACAUGGUAGAAAGCAGCCUGCUGUGGCUGACAAGGGCCCUACCUAAUGCAUUUAGGGAAGCUGUUGUACUGUAGUCACCUGAGUAAAGGUAAACCUGUUAAGUCAUAGCCAAGGCAACACAGCAAGUAAUUUUUCAGAUAAAACAACUUGUGUCUCAAGAAGAGAAUGUUAGAUAAUCUCAUGUUCUGGAAAAGCGUGAAGCACUACCAGCUUUCUGGAUUAGCGGUGCUUUUACAGAGCUAGCUUUAGUUAAAUGCAUAUUGUAUAAUAAAUCCAUGUACUACUCUGAGCAGAAGAGUCUAAACCUCUGUGUUGGAAUGGGUUGUAUCAAACCUGUCUUUUAUUGCAGGAUGCCAAAGCAAAGCUAGUAUGGAACAUGUACAACACAGAAGGGACAAUAAAAUCUCCUGUAAUGUUUCCA